AUGAACAGGGAACAAGUAGUUGGUGUUGAAGUGGAUAAGUCCAUGGAAUUUUUCGGUAUAUACAAGGAAGCUUACAGGAUAACAGUCUCAUGGAACAAGACCCUGUCACAAAUCACUCUAGCUAUACUUCUUCCUCUAACUAUUCUUUCCUUGUCUGAAAUUCCGAUUUCAAACUUCAUUCGUAAGAAGACUUACUUUAGAGACGAUGACAAAACCAUAUGGAUGGUUUGUUCUAUCAUCAAUAGAUUCGUUUACAUGGUAUUUGUUCUCGGUUUAUCGAUCUUUUCAACUUCAUCUGUGGCCUACGUUGUCGCCUGUUUCUAUACGACUAAAGAUAUCACCUUCAAGAAAGCUAUUGGUGUGUUCCCUAAAGUCUGGGGAAGACUUAUGAUCACCUUUUUGUGGUGGUUUGUGGUCGUGCUUGUGUACACCACGGUGGUGGCUUUAUUGUAUUUUUGGUUUUUCAUUAGCCAGAAUGGAUUUGAAGUCUACAUUCCAAGGGUGAAAAACUUGUUAGUUAUUAGUUUUAUAUCCGUACCGUUCUUUGCUGGAUUAGUUUACUUGAUCCUUGUUUGGAGCAUCGGUACGGUGAUUUCCGUAUUGGAAAUGGAUUAUGGCAGAAAAGCCUUGAUGAAAAGUAUGAAACUGAUUUGGGGAAAGACAGUGGUUUCUUAUGGAGUUUUUCUGGUGCUUGGAACUGUAUUUGCAGGUUUAGGUUCCACCUUUGUUUUACUCAUGGUUUAUAAGAAGAUGACGAAUGUGGCAGGAAAAGUAUUGAUCGGAAUUGCUUGUUAUUUUUUGACGAUUGUUUUGAUUCAUUUUACUCUAGUAAUUCAAGUGGUCAUUUACUUCGUUUGCAAAUCUUACCACAAUGAGGACGUAGCUAACAUUGGUCAACACCUUGAAGGUUCUUGUGCUCAUUCGGAUAGGGAAAAGAACGAUCCAUUGAAGCCUGCAUCACUGGUUUGA